GGAGAGGAUUCUCAAAAUAGAGACAGAAGAGGUAGGAUUCAGCCAUGAAGGUUGGGAGUACUAAGGUGGUGACAUUUCUGGUGUUCAUGGUGGCCAUGGCCAGCAUGGUGGAGCAUGGAAUGGGCCAGGGAUGCAGCAGCACAUUCUUCGCCGCCCUUGUCCAGCUGAUACCAUGCAGACCUGCUGUAACCUCUUUCAGCCCCCUGCCACCAACUGAGGGUUGCUGCAAUGCUGUCAGGAUGCUUGGGCAGCCUUGCCUGUGUAUGCUCGUGAGUGGCCCUCCAAUAGCAGGCGUUGAUCGCAAUGUGGCCAUGCAACUCCCAGCAAAAUGUGCUUUCAACUUUGAACCAUGUCAGGUGGGUAUGUAGACCGGGAUGCAGUGCCUCAAAUCCUUGACAAAUAAAGUUAUAGAGAGAGAGAGAGAAAGAGAGGCUGAAGACGUCUUUUAUUAAUGUAAAAUGAUGCUAAUGCUGCUAAUAAUAACAGCAUUCCUCAGUCUGGGUUAUUGAGUUAUUGUAUUCCGCUUUUAUAGUUUGUCCUAAUUA